ACUCGUCUCUCUCUCUCUCUCUCUCUCUCUCUCUCAAAUUCAUCUCUCCAAACCCAUCUCGAAUCCAUUUCCUUCUUGAAACCCAUAUCUGAAAUCUCAUCUCACGGUAGAAGAAACGGAAGAGAAGAAGAAGAAGACGUUCCAUCUUUCUCUUUCUCUCACGAAUCCAUCUCUGUCGGAGCUUCUGGACUUUUGCUUAUCGUAGAGUUUAAGUUGCUCUAGAAUACCUGCUUGCUUGACGAUGUCCCUGCAACUGGAGAAAUCCUUGAAGACUUCCCACUCUUGUUGUUCAUCUGCUAAAUGAUGCCUAUACUUUUCAUCUGUAGCGGACAGAGAUGAAUGUCUCUGCUCUUCUAACCUCUGCAGGCAUCAAUAUAGGCAUGUGCGGAUUGCUCUUGUGUUUUUAUUCCAUCUUAAGAAAACAGCGAGGCCUUGUCAAUGUGUACUUUGGGGGGAGGCUUCUUGCUCAAGAGAACAUUAUGCUUCCAGAUGCGUUUUGCUUCGAGAUGUUACUGCCUUCUCCCAGCUGGAUAUUGAAGGCCUGGAAAUCAACAGAGGAUGACGUCUUGGCUACUGCUGGGUUGGAUGCCGUGGUCUUCCUCAGACUGCUUGUUUUCAGUAUUCGGAUCUUCUCCAUUGCGGCAGUCAUUUGCUUGUUUCUCGUGCUCCCAUUGAAUUAUUAUGGACAGGAGAUGGUUCACAGGCAUAUUCCAUCAGAAUCGUUGGACGUAUUUACCAUUGGAAAUGUCAAGGAAGGAUCAAAAUGGCUUUGGGCCCACUGCUUAGCAUUAUACAUCAUAACAUUUUCGGCUUGCAUUCUUCUUUACUUUGAAUACCAAAAAAUUGCUGAGCUGAGGCUAGCACAUUUUACCGGAUCUCCUGCCAAUCCAAGUCAUUUUACAGUUCUUGUUCGUUCCAUCCCAAGAUCUACAGAAGAGUCAUUCAGUGAUGCUGUGAAGAAUUUCUUCAUGAAUUAUCAUGCAUCAAGUUACUUAGCACACCAAAUGAUUUAUCGGACUGGAAAAGUUCAGAGGCUGAUGAAUAAUGCAGAGAAGAUCUAUAAGAAGCUUGUAUAUGCAACACCCAGUUGUCUUUACCAGGAAUGUAGACCAAUGAGAGUACGAUGUGGUCUUUGUGGGGGAACCUCAUCUUCUUUUAAUUUAUAUUCAAAUGAACUUCAGCUUGCUGAGAGGCAUCCUGGUCUUGACCGUUUGGAUUCAUUAAAAGAAAAGGAAUGUGCUGCUGCUUUUGUUUUCUUCAAAACCCGGUAUGCUGCUGUUGUUGCCUCACAAGUUCUCCAGUCAUCAAAUCCCAUGUUAUGGGUCACUGACUUGGCUCCAGAACCGCAUGACGUUUAUUGGUCGAACCUCUGGCUCCCAUAUGGACAACUCUGGCUCCGUCGCAUUACAAAUCUUUUGGCUUCGAUUGUUUUCAUGUUUUUGUUUCUUCUUCCUGUCACAUUUGUUCAAGGUCUCUCUCAGCUAGAUAAGUUACAGCAGAUGUUCCCAUUUUUGAAAAGUAUUUUGAAUAAGACCUUUGUGAGCCAAGUGGUUACUGGUUACCUCCCAAGCGUCAUCUUACUAAUAUCCUUAUAUACUGUUCCGCCAACAAUGAUGAUAUUUUCAACAGUGGAAGGGUGCACAUCUCGUAGUGCAAGGAAAGUGAGCACAUGCUGCAAGGUCUUGUACUUCAUGAUCUGGAACGUAUUCUUUGUCAAUGUUUUAUCCGGAUCGGUCAUUAGUCAGCUGGAUGUCAUUUCUAAGCCAAAAGAAAUACCCACCCUACUUGCUAAAGCCGUACCAAGGCAGGCAACUUUCUUCAUCACUUAUGUUUUGACAUCUGGUUGGGUUAGUAUGUGCUCUGAAAUCAUGCAAGUGUUUGCUGUUGUCUAUAGCUUGUUCAUGAGAUUUGUUCUCAGACGCACCGACGAUCCAAAUUGGAUCAUAUCUUUUCCAUACCAUACGGAAGUUCCAAGAGUGCUAUUGUUCGGACUCCUUGGUUUCACCUGUUCCAUUUUGGCACCUUUAAUUUUGCCAUUCUUGCUGGUGUACUUUCUUCUUGGCUAUGUUGUGUACCGUAACCAGAUACUCAAUGUUUACCGUCGAAAAUACGAGACAGGAGGACAGUAUUGGCCUAUCAUGCACAACACGAUGAUUUUCUCGUUGGUGCUGAUGCAGAUAGUGGCCAUUGGGGUGUUUGGGAUGAAGGAAUCUACAGUAGCGUCUGGCUUCACCUUGAUACUGGUGAUGUUGACGCUCCUUUUCAAUGAAUAUUGCCGGCAGCGUUUUCGUCCCAUAUUUAAUGGUUAUGCUGCACAGGAUCUUAUUGAGAUGGACAGAAAUGAUGAGCAGUGUGGGCGUAUGGAAGAUAUACAUCGGCGGGUUCUCUCAGCCUACUGUCAACCUAAUGUAUGUGAAGGUGAGGAUUUAAAGCCUGAAGUGGGUGAGACUAGCCAGCAUUUGCAGGACAAUCUGGUUCACCCGACAGUGGGUGGGUUCCCAAUGUCUAGUAUACAAGGAGCGGCUACAUGGCUAUCUCUGCUGAUAACAUUACAAGAGAGAAAUGCGACGAAGUAAGUGGUUCGUGUGCUACUUUCAAAAGUAAACCCCACACAUUCUUUUGUAUAUAUUGCUGUUUGUUAAAUCCUUUUAUGGUUAUUGUGUGUUUUCUUCUUUAGUCAAUCACUUAGUGCCACUACUUGAGAUUCUUGAAAUGAGGUGACACACACACACACACAGGCUCCCCGGUGCUCUUAGGGGUCUGGAUUGAGGAUUACCAUGAUAAUGUAAUGAAAAAGUGCAAUGAUUGAAAGUUC